UUUUUUGGGUAUGACAGCAGUUCAAAGCAGCAGCAAAGAAUUUUUGGAUAUAAAGAAAUACGUGCACUCCAGGCCAUGCAUUUUCCUUGAUCAAGCAAGGAAAGUCUUCAAUCAACUUUGACUGUGUUGAAGGCUUCAUGGCAGCAUUGUUUUGAUUUCCAAGCCGCCAUACACAACCCCCCCCCCCCCCCCCCCGCUCUCUCUCUCUCUCUGUGUGUGUGUGUGUGUGUGUGUGUCUCUCUCUCUCUGACAUGAAUCCUUUUCUCACCCUUUUCAUCUUCUUUGCUCCCAUCUUGUUUCUCCUCAUGAGGAGAAAAUCAACAUCAGAAAGGCUUCCACCAGGAUCACUUGGAUUACCCAUCAUAGGGCAAAGCCUAGUCUUUCUCAGGGAACUGAAGGCCAAUACUGCUGAAAAAUGGCUGGAGGAAAGAGUUACAAAGUAUGGUCCAGUUUCAAAGCUAAGUCUCUUUGGCAAACCCACUGUUUUCAUUCAUGGCCAGGCAGCAAACAAGUUUGUGUUCUCAAGCGAUAGCAGAGCGAUUGCUAACCAGCAGCCUGACUCAUUCAGGAUGAUAAUUGGCGAGCGGAAUGUGUUGGAACUCAGCGGCGAAGAUCACAAGCGUGUCAGAGACGCCCUCAUGUUGUUCUUGAAGCCGGAAUGCCUGAAGCAGUAUGUGGGGAAGAUGGAUGAAGAAGUCAGGAGGCACCUUGAGUUGCAUUGGGAAGGCCAACAGAAGGUCACGGUGUUGCCCCUUAUGAAGACCCUCGCAUUUGACAUGAUAUGCUCCCUCCUAUGCGGCAUUGAACACGGAUCACAAAGAGAUGAUCUUAGUACAUGCAUCAAACUGUUGGUAGACGGAAUGUGGUCAGUUCCGCUAAAUUUUCCCUUCACACGCUACUACCAUGGCCUCAGGGCAAGUGCAAGGCUCCAAAACAUGUUGAAAGACCUUAUACGCGAGAAGAGUGUCGAGCUUGAGCAAGAGGGUGUUUCAUCUCACCAAGACCUUAUCAGUUGUUUGGUCAGCAUCCGUGGCCAAGAUAAUGGAGAAUCGCUAUCAGAAGAUGAGAUCGUGCACAAUGUCGUGGCUGUUAUGUUUGCCGGACAUGAAACCACUGCUACCCUAAUUACUUUCAUCAUUCGUGUUCUAGCUAACGAACCAGCUAUAUAUGCUAGUGUUGUUCAAGAACAAGAAGAGAUAGCAAAAGGAAAGGUCCCAGGAGAGCUGCUAACAUGGGAAGACAUUGCCAAGAUGAAGUACACAUGGAAAGUAGCAUUGGAGACCCUGAGAAUGGUACCUCCCGUCUUUGGAGGAUUCAGGAAAACACUGAAAGAUAUCGAAUAUGGUGGUUUCAUCAUUCCUAAAGGAUGGCAAAUAUUCUGGGCGACAAGAAUGACUCACAUGGAUGGUGGCCUAUUUGAAGAACCAUCAAAGUUUGAUCCAACGCGAUUUGAGAACCAAGCAUCGGUUCCAUCCUACUGCUUCAUUCCAUUUGGAGGGGGGCCUCGUAUAUGCCCAGGGUAUGAGUUUGCGAAAAUCGAAACUCUAGUCGCGAUCCAUAACCUGGUCACUCGAUUCACGUGGAAGUUGUGCUGCAAUGACAAUGGUUUCAGUUGGGUUCCAACACCUGUACCCCCUAAAGGACUUCCUAUCGAAAUUAUGCCAAAGAAAACACUGCAAAUUUGAUGGAAGUGAGAGCUGCUAAAUAAAAUGUAAAUGCCUUGAAUGAUCUAUGUUCAAAUCACCAUCCUUUUUGCUUCCUGUCCAUAUGUAAAAGCACCGGCUAAGCUAUGAAGUUGAGAUAAUACUUCGUACUCUUUGUACAAGCCAUGAUUUCAAAAGCAAAAA